CUCCUUGGCACACUCUAAGUUCCAGUGGGUAGGAUUUAGGCUUUUAUAUCUACGGAUGGAGCGGGUCCUCUUCUACUGAGUCAGUCAUGUUACAGCGUCACGUUUCUACCUUAGCCCAGAAUGGACGAUGGCCUUUGGAGGCCACCACAGGAGAGCCAUGGAAACGUUUCGCUCUGCCGUGUGACGGGAUGACGUGCUGGUUAGUGGAUUCCUGACUAUCCAAGGAGUCGUGACCCCCGCCCGCCCACACCAGUCCUGAUCCCUCAUUUAGUCUGAGUGAAGAGCAGAAAUAUGCGGUUUCAGCUUUCUGCCGUGAAUCACAGCAAAUGAUGAGAAACGAGCAGCAGUUAACAGAGUCACCUCUGACAUGUGUGAUGCUACACAGCGCUGCAGAGGAUGAUGUAUGUUGGGGACGAGGCGAUGCAGAGGAGGAGGUGAAGGAGAAGAGAGGAUGAUGUGACCCUGCGGAGAACAAAUGACCACCUCUCUGCCUCCCAAACACACGUGAAGCGGCGCAGCGGCGCGUCCACGUCCAGGCUCCUCCAGCCGGCAUGACUCUGUCCGGCGGCUCGGCGGAUACUUGUCAGCUCGUUUCACGCGGCCGCAUGGAGCCGGGGCUGUGGGAGUAGGACUUCAUCCAUGCGCUGUUCGGGGGAAUAGUCGGGGCAACGCGUUGUGGGGCGAACACGGGCUACACUUUGGAGAGAGAGCGAGAGCUACGAUGCGGGGCACUUUGGGCGCAUUCAUUCAGUCCUGUUUGAUUCUCCUGGUCCGGGCAGACCAGUGGAGGCUGAAGGACUCCGCCAACUGCGAGCUCCACAGGAAACAAACUGACCUAAACUCCUUCCUGUGGACGAUCAAACGAGACCCUCCAUCGUACUUCUAUGGUACGAUCCAUGUUCCCUACACGCGUGUUUGGGACUACAUCCCUGAAAACUCCAAGCAGGCCUUCCAGGAGAGCAACAUCGUCUACUUUGAGCUGGACCUGACGGACCCUUACACCAUCUCAGCCCUGACCAGCUGCCAGCUGCUUCCUCAGGGCGAGAACCUGCAGGACGUCCUGCCCAGGGACAUCUAUCGGAGACUUAAGAGACACCUCGAGUAUGUAAAGCUCAUGAUGCCCUCGUGGAUGACCCCGGAUCAGAGGGGGAAGGGACUCUACGCAGACUACCUCUUCAAUGCCAUCGCCGGGAACUGGGAGAGGAAGAGGCCCGUUUGGGUGAUGCUGAUGGUGAAUUCGCUAACAGAGGCAGAUAUCAAGACGCGAGGCGUGCCGGUGCUGGACCUGUACCUGGCCCAGGAGGCGGAGAGGAUGAGGAAGAGGACGGGGGCUGUGGAGAAGGUGGAGGAGCAGUGCCAUCCGCUCAACGGGCUCAACUUCUCCCAGGUGAUCUUUGCCCUGAACCAGACGUUAUUACAGCAGGAGUCUUUAAGGGCAGGAAGCCUACAGGUCCCCUACACCACCGAAGACCUCAUCAGGCACUACAACUGUGGUGAUCUCAACUCCAUCAUCUUCAAUCAUGACACCUCACAGGUGCCUAACUUCAAUAACGUGACGCUGCCACCCAGCGAGCAGGUGACCGCCCAGGAGAUAGACAGCUACUUUCGACAGGAGCUCAUCUACAAGAGGAACGAGAGGAUGGGGAAGAGGGUCAAGGCGCUGCUGGAGGAGCACCCUGACAAGAGCUUCUUCUUCGCCUUCGGAGCAGGUCACUUCCUCGGCAACAAUACGGUCAUUGACGUGCUGCGUCGCCAGGGGUACGAGGUGGAGCACACUCCCGCUGGGCAGCCCAUAAACAGGAGGCCUGCCUCACCAGAGUCAGAGGGGCACCACGAUGAGUCUCCCGUCCUGGAGCCUUUCCUCCACGAGCUCCCCCACAAAGAGGAAGACCAGGGGCGUCCCCUGGAGGAUGAUCUGUUACCCCACAUGCUCCUGCCGCCGGACAGCCUGGAGCUGCUGGAGAAGGCGGAGAGGAGGAUGCUGAAGAAAAAGAGGAGGAACAAGCAGAAGAAACAGCGGCACCGGCAUUUCAACGACCUGUGGGUUCGAAUCGAGGAGAGCACCAUGGUCCAGUCUCCCCCACCGCCACUCGUGCGCAUCAUCAAUGGUUACAUCACGGUGCAGCCGCCCGACAGAGUCCACAACCAGCACAGCCACCAUCACAAAUCCUCGGCAUCGACGACCUCAUCGUCUUCGCCAUAUUCACUUGUCUUCCUUUGCACUUUGCUUGCAGUGCGAACAUGGACUGCGUUCCUCUAGCCGAUAAACUUUCACAUAUUAUGGUGGUUUCAUGCAUCAGGGCAUAUAAAAGUGAGGUCUGAUCAUGCACCAUAAUGCCAUGACGAAGGUGACCAUAAGAGAAAAAAAGGGCACGGAGAAUGGACGUGAAAUCAGCCCGAGCGGUCAGGUAACAGUACACUCCACGGAUGUGAGGUCAGAUAUAGUUUGUGUCGUUGGGACUGAAUGGUAAAUCAUGUCAACAGAGCGUGUCUCUUUCAAAAUGUGGCCUUUAUGAGCAUGUAAGUUCAUAUAACAUCAGGUUUCCAGGAAGAUUUCAUAAGGUUCUCAUCAUAGCAGGAGGGAGUACACAGAACACAGAAGUAUUAUGGGAUGUCUCUCUGAUAUCACACUACAUGUCUAUUUCCUCGAGGAUUAGAGUGUUACAGUAGACACUCACCAUCCAACAUUCAAACCUCUGGGAAGCUCACUGAUGGGAGUUUUUAAAAAAUUUUUUUUUACCAAACAUCAUCAAAACUAAUGCUGAAUAUCAGAUUCCCGAGAGUGCGUGUGUGUGUGUCUGUGUGUGUGUGUUUGAAACAAACAAAGUCUAUCAGCUCUUAACCCCGCCCCCCGACCGUGCAGACAGAGGUGUUCUUCUUCAGACCUUAAUUUAUUCUUCCAUUUUAGAAGAAUUUGUUUAAUGUUGCAUCAAAGCCUACUGUGAGGGGGAAUUGUACAUAUUGUUUCUAAAUAUUAUAGAUGUAUUUUAGAAUUAUACAAAAAAAUGAAAAUUAUCAAAACUUUUGUUGUUGUUGUUUAUAUAAAUAUAUAAAUAGAUAUGCAGUAUAUUUUUGGAAAGAAAUUCAGGAACUAACCACCAUAGCCCAUCUCAUGUGUCUCACUGAAAGGACUCUUCUCUUUUUUUUUGGAAGGGACAUGUGAUUGUAAUUGUACUAUAUGUAUCAGUGUUAUCACUUGCUUUGCUGUAUGUGUCUGCUGAAAGGACUCAUGUUAUGUGUAUGUGUUUAUUUCACAUAGGAAUCAUGUGUUUAAUUUAUUUAACUGCUAUAGUUUUGCUGUAGUUCAUAUGAAACAUUCCCAAGUGUUUGCUUUUGUAUUUUUUACAGCCACUAUGAUGUCCAGCUGUGUUAUUUCAAAUGUUUUCAAGUAUGAUUUUUAAAAUGUAUAUGAUGGUAAUAAUAAGUCAGUCUUAUCCACAGAUACACCACAUACAGCAUAGUGCUUUAGGUCUGUCACAUUUCACUUAUGGCAUGAGAUGAUUGUAAUAGUAUUACCAUGACAACAAUAAAAUAUUUAUCUAGA